AUGCUCUAUUCGGGUGCGAUCAAGGUUGGACUCCCCCUUGUGCAUUCUAAUCCGUCUGCAACUCUGACAGAUCCCACUCCAGGUAUCGUCGCUGGCCUCCUCGUAAACCCGACGUUCAUUGCCAGAUUCCUUGCCGGCCAUGGCGGCGCCGAUGUAACAUCCGAUCACGUCGACUCAUUCGUAAAUGGAAUCCCGGUGGUUUGCUUGCAAGUCUCUGCUGCCGUCGGAUCGCUGAUUGCCGGCCGCGCCCGUGAUAUCGUUGGCCGAAAGAAGUGCCUUCACGGCCUUGCCUUUGUCAUGGGCCGAACCCUUCAAGGCGUCGGUGUCGGUUUCUUCUCCAAAACGGUGCCAGUCAUUCAAGCCGAGAUUGCCGCUCCUCACCGACGCGGCCUCAUGGUGGGAAUAGAAAACACGUUCUUGAUCGGUGGCUACGCGCUACCCACUUGGGUCGAACAUGGAUUUUACUAUCUCAUCCCCAACAAUACAUCUUGGCAGGGACCUUAUUUCAUCCAAAUGGGUCUGGCCUUUGUCUUUUUCUCCAUGUCCUUUAUCCUACCCGAGACCCCAAGAUGGCUGGCACGCAACGGAUUCACCGCAGGAUAUGCACAAACCGUGGCACAUCUCCACCCUCCAGAUGUCAACACCGAGGCACAGCACAUCAAGCAGGUCGUGCUCGAGAUCAUGGAGGCCGUUCGAUACGUGGCCACCCUGGGCGAGUCGACUUGGCGGGCAAUGUUUACGCGGUACCGCAAGAGAACACUCGUCGGCAUCACGGCCCAAAUGUUUGCCCAGAUCAACGACAUCAACGUAAUUUCCUCCUAUCUACCGACUACGUUGGCAGCGGCGGGUUUCAGCGACUACAAGUCCCUCUUGGACAUCGCCGCUAACUCGAUUCCUUGUGUGGCGGCUACCAUUUUGACGUGA